GUAUUAUACUAGUAGUAGUAUAUAAUUACAUACGCGAUAUUUUUCAGGUGACCUUUAUAACCGUGUAUCCUAAACAAGUUACACAUCCAAAGUUUAGACAAAUUGAUGUUAGUGGAAAUGCUGCCUUAAUAGAAAAUGAUGAACACGUUAAUAUUACCUAUAUUUUGGAGAACAGCGCGGAAGUGAGUAGCGACAAGGAGUUUCUGCAGGAACUGACGUGGAAGAUAGCAGUCAACACCUUUCAGGAUGCUAACAUGAGGAGACUUGUAGAGGACACGCAGGGAAAAUUUGAUGUCGUCAUUGCCGACCUUCUGGAAACGGAACUAUACGCGGGUUUAGCGGUUUUGUACGACGCACCACUUAUAUGGUCUUACUCCAUGGGUGCCCACUGGCUGGCUAUCAGGAUGAUCGACGAUCCCACAAAUCCCGCAUACUCCACCGACUACUACGCAUCGGUGUCACCACCAUAUAGUGUGGGACAAAGAUUCCAAAUAUUAUGGCAACAGAUUAUGUGGCGAUACGCUAAGUACUUCAAAUAUAUGCCAAAAGAGAAAAAUUCUUUUAAAAGUAUAUUUGGCCCACUGAUUGCCAAGCGAGGAAGAAAACUACCCAAGUAUGAAGAGUUGAUAUACAACGCUUCACUGGUCUUAAGCAAUGAACACCACGCGACUGGUAAAAUACCAAAAACACCUCAAAAUUGGAAGCUAGUUGGGGGUUACCAUAUACAAGACCCACCGGUAUCAUUACCAAAGGAUUUACAAGUUAUGAUGGACAAUGCAAAACAUGGCGUCAUUUACUUCAGUAUGGGAUCAAUGUGGAAAAGCGAAAUGAUACCAAAAAGACUGACUGACGAAUUGUUGAAAAUGUUCGGCGGAUUAAAGGAGACGAUCUUAUGGAAAUACGAAGCCGAUCUGCCGCACCGGCCCAAGAACGUUCAUACGAUAAAAUGGGCGCCUCAGCAAAGUAUCCUUGCUCACCCAAACUGCAAGAUCUUCAUAUCACACGGUGGUCUUUUAUCUUCAACUGAAGCUAUUCACUUUGGCGUUCCCAUAAUUGGGAUACCGAUCUCGUACGACCAGUACAUAAACAUCGAGAAAUCUGUUACCAAAGGUUACGCACUUAAAGUCAGCCUGUCUUAUAAUUUGGCGAAAGAUUUGAAACCAGCUAUAGAAAGUCUGAUACAGGAUACAAAAUACAAAGAAAACGUGAAGUUUCUUUCCAGCAUUUACCAUGACCGACCAAUACCCCCUGGCAAGGAGUUGGUGCAUUGGAUAGAGCACGUGGUGCGGUCUCGGGGCGCCCUCCACUUGAGGUCUAUCGCCCUGGACGUGCCAUUCUACCAGAAGGCUUAUUUGGACAUCAUUGCCAUAACGAUCACCACUUUCACAUUCAUUACAUGUCUAAUCAAACAGCUGUUCCGGAGAAAACCAACGAAACAAAUAAAGAAGAAGGUGAAUUAAAAACUGACUCCUGACGAGGAGUCCAGAACUAGCGACAGUAAUCCAAUGUUUUCCUAAAAUAAAGAUAUUACAAAUAGUAUAAAGAUUUUUUCUUUUACGCAGUAUCUAUAGAAGGAUUUCUUAAAGUGAGGGUAUAGAGUAAGGAACAUUUAUUUUAGUGUUAAAUGAAUUAGUGUGAAAUUAAAUUUCUAAUUUGACAGGUCGGUAUUAGAAUGUGAAAUGAUCACAUGAAUCAUCAUAGAAAAAAAAACAUAAAAUUUUUGAUUGAUGUUUCAUUGUUUCAAAAAGUUGAAAGAGAGUUGUGGAGCUCAAAAUUUAUCGCAGAAUCUGUUUCACUCGAAAAAAAAAAGACUGUCAUUAUUCUAGGUAUUCAGUUUAGUAUGAAAUAGAUUCAUAGCAAACAAUUUGAUAAGUGUAAUCAUUAACAGAUGCCCCGCAUUCAGUCCAAAAGAUAGGAAGUUAAUGACUUAUUCAAUAAUGAAGGUCAGUGCAUAAGUGUGCGUGAGCGUGUCAAUGAAUGUCUUUGAUAAAUUUUAUCUAUCCAACACCACCUAUUUAUAUUUUAAAAAAUCUUUACCUUGAAAAUACUUUAUUAUGUUAAAAGAGUGGCAAAGGCAUAACUUGUAACAGCCUAUAGACACUUGCAAUAUCAAAAAUAUAAUUUGCACCGUUAUUUACCCUGUCCCAAACCCCUACCCUGUGGAGCCCUGGAACCUUACUCUCCGACAGAAACACAACACCAAAAAGUAGUGUUUCUUUACUCUGGUCUUCUGUAAGGUGGGCGUUGGUUCCUCAGACGGGCGCUCCAAUUCGAGCGGAA